ACCACCAUAAUAAUCAACGUCGAGAGAGCCGCAGAGAAUCGAGCCGCGGAAGAAACACGGAAGGGCAGCCCCGCAAAAUAAAGUAGAAUGAAGGACCGAACCCUCAGCUGGAUUGAAUUUAUGAAAAUGCCCCGCCACCGCAGUCUCCAGUAGCCCAAACCACCGGAAAACCUCCGCGUGAAAAGGCCCUUAGUGGGAUAAACUAUGCCACUGCUAUCUUUCGCGGCUGUUGAAACGUGCCUUCUGUUUCUGCCUUGGCCAGAAACCCUGUCUUCUACCUUCUGGUCCUUUCUCGGCGCUGUGUUCUAAAUACUUGUCUUUCACCCACUUCACGAACCCUCGAGGAAAUAAAGCAAGGAAGUCGUGAAGGGUGCUUGCAGUGAAUCCGAGAUUUAGGACAAAACGGAGGAGAAAUGGGACUUAAGGUUCUGUAAGAUUUAUGUUAAAUCCGGCCAAAUCCUGCAACCAGAUAGUCCCUUAGGAAAGCAGAAGGGCGAGCACAGCAGCUGAAGGAUGGAAUCCAGCAGCCGCAGCGUUACCCGUUCUGCUGCGUCACAUGGCGGCGGCAAGCGGGGCCCUGUUUCCUCUGCUCCUUCUUCCUCAAUCCACUCCCUCAGCGCUGAUCUCCUUGGCUUCUGCUUCUCUCGUCUCGAUCCUUCAGAGCUUGUCCGGUGCGCCGUAGUCUGCAAGCUAUGGAACAAAAUAAUUUACUCUUCUACUUUGAUGAGGGAUCUUUAUGAAAAGAUUAGUCUUCAUGGUAGGUCAAGUUCUAAUUUAUCAGUUCCCGUUGAAGCAUCUAUGAAGAGAUACUUUGAAAAACUAGCGUUGGAGCAACAUAGAUUGUCUUUCUUAGGCAGUUCUUCUGAAGUUCAUCAAUGGAGAGGCCACUCUUCAAGGAUUGAUUUAUGUCGUUUGAGGAGAGGGCUCAUUCUUUCAGGAGCAGAAGACAAGGUAAUGCGCCUAUGGUCUGCAGAGAGCUGUAAAUGUUUGAAGGAGUACUUCAAUCUCAACAAAGACGCUAUGGUUGAUUACGAUUUUGAUGAAAACAAGAUUGUAGGGCUGACUGGUUCUCAAAUAUGUAUUUGGACCCUUGUAUCAGGAAAAGGCAUCUUUCGGUCUCAUGAAGGCAUUUUCUCUCGGGGAAUUUGCAUGGGUUAUAUCGACCCUGAGGCUGUGGUUGGAUGUGAUGAUGGUCGGGCCCAUGUAUUUGAUAUGUAUAGUGGGAGGUGCACUCGAAUAAUUAGGAUGCAUGGUGCGCCAGUUUCAUGCUUAGCUUUAACUGAAGAUCAGUUAGUACUUGGUGGAUCUAAUUUUGGCACAGUAACUGUGGCAGAUCUUUCAACCGGUGAACAGUUGGCAUUAUUGAAGUCAUCUUUUUCUAACACAGGUAUGAAAAGUCUUUGUUUUAAUUCUCAUUCAUAUUUGCUAUAUGCGGGAUCAACUGCUGGUUAUGUUCAUUGCUGGGAUCUUAGGACUCAGCGUUCCCUAUGGGAGACGAGGGUGAGCCCAAAUGUCAUCUACAGCAUGCGUCAUCUAGUAACAGAUUCGUCGACAUUAGCGGUUGGCGGGCUCGACGGAGUUCUCAGGAUUCUCAACCAAAGCACAGGCGAAAUUCUUUCGUGCUUCAUAAUGGACCCGUGCACCAAAUUGGAUGGUUCAUCCGUAUCCAGAUCACCUUUGAAAAUAAAGAUGAAGGGCAUAACCAUCCCUGCAGAUACGGAGAUUCAUCGCAUUCCGAGAGACCGACGGCCUCCUAUUACGUGCCUCGGUGUUGGGCUAAGGAAGAUUGUUACAGCUCACAAUGAGAAGUACUUGAGAUUGUGGAGAUUCCAUCAUUCUCUGGAUGGCAUUGUUAACAAUUCCUAGCUGUGGCUUAUUAGAUUAUGAACUCACGACAUUACCCCCUCAAACUGGGCUGAGGGGAGUUUCUCAAUGAUUUUGCUCGUAAUUUAAAGGAAGUUUUACAUGCAUACCGGUCCUUCUUAUGUAUUUACAUCAUCUAACACCUAAAAUUCAGUUUUUACAUAAAUGCAACCAUACCUUUGCAUGCAAAAUGCGUAUUUCAAUUUUAAAAAGUUAAACUAGUGGUAUUUUUUAUGUGAUAU